AUGGGUCAGCGCUGCGGACACCGCCAUCCCUCCCGCUCCCCCUCACGCCGCUGCCGCCAUCUUGGGGCGCCCCCCUUCACGCUCCUCGCCCCCGGCGCCCCACGCGCCCCCGGACGCCGUCCCCCCGCAGCGAGCCCCGCGGUGGCCACGCCGUGCUGGCGAGUGGAGCAGUUCGUGGUUGCCCAGGAGUGCACGCGGUGCUCCGGCUUCGAGAUGAAGACGAUCCCGGCCUGCGGCUCCACCGGUUUCAUCGAGAGGAUCAACUGCGCCUCGUCCCAGCGGGAUGAGUACAAGAGGUGCUGGCGCUUCGUUGGCUCGGCUCUGGGCGUGGCGGUGGCGGCGGCGGCGCUGGUGGUGCUGCGGCAGCGCGUGCUGGACCGCCGGGCGCUGGAGAAGGUCCGCAAGCAGAUCGAGUCUAUUUAGCCAGAGGCUCCCGAGGGCUUGGAGCCGGGAAUUCCGGAGGAGAAGCAGCCUCUGCCUUGCUGCCCGGACCGGGAAUCCCGCUGGGAUCUGCCGUGGGGAUCCCCCGGGGCGGGGUGUGGAAUAAAUCCUGGUCACUGCUCCCGGAGCGACGCUGUGUUCGUCCCGCGGGCGGAGUCCCUGUGCCCCCAGCACUGGGAUCUGCUCUGGGAUCAUCCUGGGCGUCCCCAGGGUCCCACUCCAGGAGAGGGAUGUGGAAUAAAUCCUGGUCAUCGUUCCUGGAGCGACGCUUUGUUUGUUUCUUGGGGAGGGACCCUCCAGCACUGGGAUCUACCCUGGGAGCAUUGCUGAGGGAACCCACCCCAGGAGCAGAAUGUGGAAUAAAUCCUGAUUAAUGUC